AAAACAUGUGAGCGCUCUGAGAGGACUUAGAGACAACUUUUAUUUUCUCAUGUUGUUUUGUGCAGUGCGUGCACAAGCUGGCGAGCCGUUCCCUGCAGGAAUUUACCCUUUUAAAGGAACAUCAGGCUCUUUUCUGUUGGGGAUUUUUUUUUUGUUUGUCUGUGUUCUUGAGGAUAAAAUUUAUUGGUCUUUUUUUUUAUUUGGUUUCUAAAUGUCAAGUUAAACCGUUUAUUCUGAGGAAGGAGUUUGUUAAUUUAUUUUUAAAGAACCCUCCUCAUUGUGAUAAUUAAAUUAAGGACAGUUUCAUCUAGGAAUAAUAGUAUAAAAUACCUUUUUUUCUUUAGCAGCUUCUGGUGUUUGGAUAAUACAAAUAGAUAUACAAACUGUUCUGCAGGGGCACAUUUGCAUUUUUGAAAAAAGAGAAGUCCCCUUUUUCUUCUUUAUUUUGUUUGUAUAUGUUUUUGAAACAAUGAAGCACUUGCAAUUCGUGCUCGUCCUGGCCAUCGCGGUGAACGUGUGGGAAUGUGGGGACGCAAAGUUCGGUGAGAGAGGAGAGUUGAGCCCCAGGAGGAGAAGAUGCUACGACGGAAGCUUGCCCAAGCGUCUGAAGAAAAGGGAGCGAAAAGUGCUGCUUGACGGCAGCAGCAGCGGAGAAGUUUGCCACAGGUUGUACCCCCGUGUGUCCUGUUGUCCCACCAGGAGAGCCACCUAUCAGAUCCUGCACCGCGGGGAUGCCCGGAUUUUCUCCACCAACAACACAGAAUGUGGACAUCUCCUGGAGGAGAUCAAGUGUGCACGCUGCUCCCCCAAUGCCCAGGUGUUGUUCCACUCCUUGGACAUGGAUCGGAUGCCACACAGAGAGCCGGACCUGCCGCGGCUCUGCCAGGACUUCUGCCGGGAGUUCUAUUACACCUGCAGGGGGCACAUACCAGAGCUGUUCCAAGCGGAUGUGGAUGAGUUCUGUCAGUACUAUGGGAGGAGAGGUGCCGGCUUGUGUUUUCCCGAUUAUCAACGAAGGCAGCAGCUUGGGCAAGAUUCCAACUACUUGGAAGAUGAGAAAAUAGAAGAUAUCAGCAGGAAACACAAACACAACUGCUACUGUCCUCAGGAGGUGUUGAGUGGUCUGAGGCAGCCGGUGGCUGUGGUGCACUGUGGCGAUGGCUCUCAGCGGCUUUUUGUUGUGGAGAGAGAGGGAAUUGUCAGGAUACUCAACCAUAACCUCGAAGUUAUCAAGGAGCCCUUCUUGGAUCUCCACAAGCUGGUGCAGAGCGGACUGAAGAGUGGUGAUGAAAGGGGCCUGCUAAGCCUGGCAUUCCACCCCAAUUACAAGAAGAAUGGCAAGCUCUACGUCUCCUACACCACCAACCAAGAGCGCUGGGCCAUCGGACCGCACGACCACAUUCUCCGUGUGGUUGAAUACACCGUUUCAAGGAAAAACCCAAACCAGGUGGACACCAGGACUGCCCAUGUGCUGAUGGAAGUGGCUGAGUUACACAGGAAGCACCUCGGAGGUCAGCUUCUGUUCUCUCCCGAUGGCCUGCUGCACAUCAUUCUGGGAGACGGUAUGAUCACUCUGGACGACAUGGAGGAAAUGGAUGGACUCAGUGAUUUCACUGGGUCCAUCCUGAGGGUGGACGUGGACACGGACAUUUGUACGUCAUCCUACUCGAUACCACGGAACAAUCCGUACUUUAACAGCACUAAUCAGCCGCCUGAGAUCUUUGCACAUGGAUUACAUGACCCAGGCAGGUGUGUAGUGGAUCGGCUGCAGACAGACAACGGCAGUCUGGUUAUCCUCUGCACAGAUGCCAGUGGUAAAAACACAUCGGCAGGAAGAAUAUUAGAAGUUACUAAGGGGAAGGAUUAUGAAAAUGAGCCUUCUGUGUAUGACCUGCAGUCCAGUGGAGGAGCGCCACCUGUGGGGGGCUUCAUCUACAGGGGCUGCCAGUCGAGGAGACUGUAUGGCAGCUAUGUGUUUGGAAAUAGAAACGGUAACCUGCGGAUCCUCCAGAAGUCUCUGUUUGCCACAUCGUCUGACAGCGAGCAGUGGCAGGAAAAGGCUCUGUGUCUGGGCUCGGUUUCCUGCGCCUCUCCCCUCGUGGGGCAUGUCUUGGGUUUCGGAGAGGAUGAACUCGGUGAAGUCUACAUUCUAGCGAGCAGUAAAAGCAUGGCACAGUCACACAGCGGGAAACUCUACAAGUUGGUAGACCCGAAAAGGCCUCAUUCCCCCAAGGAGUGUCAGCGCCCGGUGGAGCCACCAGAGCUACUAACGACAGCUUGCUCCAGAAACUGCAAAAACGGACAUUGCACUCCGACUGGCAAGUGCUGCUGUAGCUCCGGCUGGGAGGGACCCUUCUGCCGAAUAGCUAAAUGUGAACCAAGCUGUCGCAAUGGAGGAGUCUGCAUAGAGCCAAACAAGUGCCUGUGUAAGAGCGGCUACUCUGGCGCUCAGUGCGAGAAAAGUGAGCGGGGGAUGCCCAACGACCAGGAGAAAGACGGCAUCUUGGAUCACAUCAUCGACAUGACCUCGUACCUCUUGGACCUGACCACCUACAUCGUAUAGGGGCGCGCGGAGGGGCCUGCUCCCCGCCGCCACAUUGACACAGAUCUACCUAUCACCGCCAGCAGACUCGUACCAAGGCGUCAUUAACGUGGCUUUGUAAUCUCCCUCACCUGAGUGCAAACGAGCGCACACACAGAAACACCACAGAUACACCCGGGAUCUCUUCAGACUGCUUUGGAUCCACUUUCACCCGAAAGAAACUCUCCCUCCUCUCGCCUAUAAGCUAUUUGUUCUGAGCACCGGGCCUGGCAUCCAAGCCGUGUUCACAUUGGAAGAGGCCUGCAGACAUUUCUUCACCCGCUCUCGGCUGCCUCCACAGCUUCAGGAACUUAUCUGGAAUGGACCGCACCAAACCGAGACUCUGGCUCCUCUUCUUUUUUUUUCAGGGGCUUACUAAGACCAGUUUCAGGACUUUGUUAGGGAUUAAAAAGCCUGGCUCAGCUCGAGAACCAGUUCAUUCUCAAUCAAAAGCAAAUAUAUCCAUCUUCAAAUGCAACACAUUGAAGGAAGAGAAGCCACAUUGAGCCUGCAUUUGUAAAGAUCAUGUUGUAUCACCUAUGUUGUUAUCUUUAGUUAGUGGGCACGUUGUCAUGACAACUAAAGCAAUCUGCAGUCUGUAUACUUUGUUUUCCACCAUUCAUCUAUUAUCAACAUAGAGAAGAUACGAAGAGGAGCAGCAAAAGCAAAUGAGGUGGAUUAGCAGUGCUAGCUAACAACUGAUGGUGUCAUCCAGGACAUGUUACUAUGGAAUAUCAUCUGAACUGUUAGCAUGUCAGAGGCCUCUUCAGAUUUGUUGCAAAACUGGCUGCUAGUGCCCACAGCAUCACCAUCCACAACGACUCUUUGAAGAUGCCAGGAUUAAACAAGUUCCAACAUUUAGUUUACCUUUGAGGUGAAUAAAGUAUUUUUAAAUUGAAUAGAAGAAGCAAAAACACAAAGAACCAAGCGAGUUUCAGGAUUCUGAAUGCGUAUCUGGCUUUCAUGCACUGUAUUCCUUUUCACUUCCUGAAAUGAAUUUUAAGAGUGGCUUGACGUUAAACACCAGAAAAAUCACAGGCUUCCACCAACAAACUGAGUUCAUUGUCACACACUGAAACUAAAACCCAAACUCUAAACUACAAAGGGAAGAAACAACACAGUGAUGUAUAUUUCCAAUAGAGCUUACUACUUAGCAUCGCAAAAAAA